CCGUUAUUUAGUAAUAAGCUGUCUUCGACUGUAAGUGCAGGUCGCUUGGGGACUAGUUUCUAGUUUGCUGUGAUAUUUUAUUAAGUUUACCACGCAAAAUGGCGAGACCGGCAGACCAGGCGUUGAAUAUAAAAUUAGUGCAAGAAGUGGAAAAACAUCCAUGCCUGUACAACUAUACGUUAAAUGAAUAUUCGCGCAAAGACAUCACCGAAAAUGCUUGGAAUGAUAUAGGAAGAGAAUUAAAUUUAACAGGAAACGAAUGCAAGGAUAAGUGGAAAAACUUAAGAGCUGUAUUUGUGCGACAUAUGAAAUCAGCGCCAAGUGGCUCUUCAAAAUCAAAAAAGCCUUACUACCUUACAGAUGCAAUGCAGUUUGCUUUACCAUACGUAAAAGUUUUAAAUUCCGUGACGUCAGUGAAUUUGCCAAAGCGAGCAGAAGAAGAAUUGUGCGAUGAUCAAGAAGAAGAAAAUUCGGAUGAUUCUGUGCCAUCUUCAAUCGUUUGCUCCUGAAACAACACUAUCACCGUUUUAUCAACGUUACUCAUCUUCAGAGCGCAAGGAUAAUAAAAAGUCAAAGGAUAAUACGCAUGAAAACUUCGAUGAAUAUUUCAAAUUAAAAAAACAAAAACUUGAAGCCGGCAUGACUCCUGUGCAGGAAGCCAAUAAGAUGUUUUUGCUGAGCUUACUACCCGAUAUGAAUCUGAUGUCGUCCAAGCAAACAAGAAUAUUUAAGCGAAAAGUCAUCGAUUUAAUGGACAAUAUCUUACAGGAUACUCCAAAUAUUUUGAGCCCAAACUCAAGUAUUUCUACAAAUACACAAGUCUCGACAGGGUUCGAACCUGUAUAUCUACCGAUCCAAAAAAGAGAAGCAAAUACCUCGCCUCUCCAUAGUACGGAAACAUAAUAUGUAAAUACAAAUAAUUUAAUUUAGCUACCGAUAUCUUAAGUAUUAUUAGUUUUAGUUAUUAGUUUUAGUAUUAAUUAGUUUAGUAGUUUAUGUAUUAUUAGU